GGAGGGUUGCUUUUUUGGAUCUCUCGUUUGUUGGUUUCUUUCCCUUUUUUUCUCAUUUUUUGAUUCUUUUCUUCCUCUUUUUUUUUCAUUUUUUAAUUCCCGACCCAAGGAGAUGGAUGGAUGUGACACAUCCUGCCCAGUUAUUUAAGCGGCUGUCCUUCCUCCUCUCUUAUUCCCCCCCCCCCUCUCUUUUCUCCUUCAACGCUCUCUAGUCUUCGGACAUCACACACUCCUUUUUGAGAUCCAUCCACUCCUUUUUGAGAUCGACUCUCACAGACAUUCCUUGAGCAAUCCACGCAUUUAUUUUUUACUUCUUAUCAUCAUCUUCUUUUUUUUAUCAACUACAUUCAUUAUGAUGUUCACCAAGACUUUCGGACUGGCGGCUGCCUUUGCCUCCCUCGCCUCGGCGGUGCCCACCACCAUCUCGCGCCGCAGCGGCAACACGACCAGCAGCGGGUCUUCCGGCAGCGUCGACAUCAUCAACAACCUCAACACGACCAUCUACGCGUGGUCUGUGUCCGAGACGUCGGGCCCGAUGAUCACCCUCGAGGCCGGCAGCGGCUCCUACUCGGAGAGCUGGCGCGUCAACCCGGACGGCGGCGGCAUUUCCAUCAAGCUGUCCACCACGGAGAGCCAGGACGACGUCCUGCAGUUCGAGUACACCGAGUCCGGCGACACCAUCUACUGGGACCUCUCGUGCAUCAACAUGGGCACCGACUCCGCCUUCACCAAGUACGGCUUCGCCGUCGUCUCCGACGACUCGUCCUGCCCCAAUGCCACCUGCGCCGCUGGCGACACUGCUUGCGCAGACGCCUACCUCGUCCCGGACGACAACCAGGCCACCCAUGGAUGCCCCAUCAACACCGCCCUGACCCUGACUCUGGGCAAAUAAAAAACGUUUUGCCAAAUAAAGUCAAAAUGAAUGAUGAGAAAAAAAAAAAAAAAAAAA